AACUGCUUUUUCAAUACCAGCCGAGCUCCUCGCUUUGUAGCAGGCUGGCUGGCGUUUCUUGCCUCCUGUCUACCAUCAGUCUAAGAACCGCGCUCCACAUAUCAUGUAUACCCACAGAAAAUACUCGUAAACCGGCUCCAGGAGACGGCAAGACUGCCUGGACACCGACACCGGAUUCGGUGGAGGUUUUGUGAUCGACUAACCCGAGCCUCUUGUGCCGUGUCCGCAGCAUUAGGCCUCAUGGAGCUGGAGACCAGACACCUGCUGUGCACCAGGGAGCUCGAUCCAUGCCCGGUUCCCAGUAAACAAACAUAAAGGGUGGGAACCUUACUGGCCCUCUACUUCCUUUACCCCAUACCCAAAAAUCGCCCCUGUGGUUAUCUUGUCCUCUCCCUUCUGUGGCCCCAGCAUGAUUGGCAAGCUGAAACAGAACUUGCUGGUGGCCUGUCUGGUCAUCAGCUCGGUCACAGUUUUCUACUUAGGCCGCCAUGCAAUGGAGUGUCACCAUCGCAUCGAGGAGUACAGCCAGCCAGGAGGAAUCCUGCCUUUGUCUGGGCUGGGAGGCAGCAUGCGGACCACCUUACGGACAGGCCAGAACCUCAGCAUGCCGUUCAUUUACAACAAAGACAUGCCGCUCAUUUUCAUCGGUGGCGUACCCCGUAGCGGGACCACACUAAUGCGAGCUAUGCUGGACGCCCACCCCGAGGUCCGCUGUGGUGAGGAAACUCGCGUCAUCCCACGCAUCCUGGCCAUGAAACAGAUGUGGAGCCGCUCGGGUCGGGAGAAGAUGCGCCUGGACGAGGCUGGCGUGACUGACGAGGUGCUGGACGCCGCCAUGCAGGCCUUCCUGCUGGAAAUAAUCGUCAAGCACGGUGAGCCCGCCAACUUUCUGUGCAACAAGGACCCAUUUGCACUGAAAUCUCUUUCCUACCUGGCCAAAAUAUUUCCCCGUGCCAAGUUUGUGCUCAUGAUUAGAGACGGUCGGGCUUCGGUCCAUUCCAUGAUCUCGCGAAAGGUGACCAUUGCUGGGUUUGACUUGGGGAGCUACAGGGACUGCCUGACCAAGUGGAACCGGGCCAUAGAGACGAUGUACACUCAGUGCCUGGACGCUGAAGACAAAUGCCUGCCUGUGCACUAUGAACAAUUGGUGCUGCAUCCUGAAAAAUGGAUGAGGACACUGCUGAAGUUCCUUGAUAUUCCCUGGAAUGAUGCCGUUCUCCACCACGAGGAGCUCAUAGGGAAAGCUGGAGGAGUGUCCCUCUCCAAGGUGGAGAGGUCCACAGACCAGGUCAUCAAGCCAGUUAAUGUGGAGGCCUUGUCCAAGUGGGUGGGAAAGAUCCCAGCUGAUGUGGUGAGGGACAUGGCCGUCAUCGCCCCUAUGCUGUCCAGGCUAGGCUAUGACCCACAUGCCAAUCCCCCAAACUAUGGCCAACCUGACCCCAAAGUGCUGGACAACACUAGAAGGGUCUAUAAAGGUGAAUUUCAGCUCCCAGAUUUCCUAAAAGAACAGCCACAGAUCCAGAAGGCUGCAGAGAGACCCAAUCCCAGUUAGGAGCAGAGGCAGCGUGGGCACCAAAACACACAGGACUCGCUGCAAAGGAACAGCGCAUCGCCGAUAUCGUCUCAGUCAUGUCACAGCCCUGUUCAGCUUUGGCACAUCUCAAGUGUCACAUGACCACAGCUGGGACACGCCCCCCCAAUAUAUAAAUACACACACACACACACACACACACACACACACACACACACACACACACACACACACACACACACACACACACACACACACAGACAGGUGGGCUGCGGCCACUCCUUGUCAUCAGAAGUCUCGGCCUUCAGCAUUGUACUGUACAAAAACAUGGAUGUCAGCGCCACUGAAUGUCUGCUGGUCGUCGUCUCACGUCGCGUCAUGCUCAUCAGCUUGUAGAAAUCAUUUCUGGCCUUUUAGAGGAAAAGUAUUUAUGAAUGGAAAAUUAGCUUUUGGAAGAUGCAAUACCUAUUUUGAUGAUGAUUUCCUUUUUUAAAAUUUUUUUUUUUUUAUUGUUUUUCAUGCCGUUGUAUUGUGCAAUGUCAUGGGUACUGAUCAGUUUGACGUAUCAACCGUGAUAAAAGAUGCUUUUUUUUAAACAAACCUUGUCUGUUUCUUGUGUAUAAUGAUCCGAAUACGGGAAGAUGUGCUUACAAAUACCCCGUGAUCAUCACAGUUUAAUGAAACAACCAAACAAGCUCAGUGCUGCUAUGAACAUCAGUCUGGUACUUUCAUGCUGCUUUUAUACUCUGAACACUCGGCGCCUCAUCCACCCACACCUGCAUGGAUGCAUCGGGGAAACGCAGCUCGAUCAGCUGGCCUUCUGCUUGCUAGGCGACCCGCUCUACUUCAGCUCUGAGCUUUGAUCCUCUUCCCUUUUAUUUUUCUUCAAACAAGCGCUCAUAACUAAAAUAAGCAUAACCAUAUUAUUGUUUUCUGACCUGAUUGUGUGAAAUAAUCUGAGGAGAUUUGACUACUCUGUUAGGCCCACCUGUGCACCAUGUGCUGCUGUAAUUAAAUCAGUUUAAUGACAACAAAAGUAGUACUUUUACAAGAGUUGUACUGAAAAAUAUUAACUUGCCCCUAAUAUUUUGAUCCAAGAAAAAUAAGAGUGGAGCAAACUUGGUUUUUUGUUAGAGGCUUUAAGGCACGUUUGGGUCUCGUCAUAGUUGCAGUGGUGCACCAUUAUUUUAAAAAAUGAAUAAAGGGCAGGGAUAGCUCAGUAGGUAGAGUGGUGCCCCAUGAUUGGAUGGUCGGGGGUUCAAAUCCACUGAACAGUACCCCCUGAGCAAGGUACUGUCCCAACACACUGCCCCCUGGGUGCUGGGUUGGUGGCUGCCCACUGCUUCACUGAGGGAAUGGGUUAAAUGCAGAGAGGAAUUUCCCUGUGGGGGUUAAUAAAGUAUAC